UCUGGAAUUACAGGCAUAAGCCACCAUGCCCAGCCUGAGAGUCUUUUUUUUAGUAGAUAAGUUUACAUUUAUAUUUACCUUAAUUAACAGCACAUUUAGAUUUACUCCUGCCAUCAUCUUUUGUGUUUUGUGUUUGCAUGCAUUUUUUCUUUUUAUUUCCCAUUUUCCUACCUUAUAUUGAAUAGACAGAUAACUUACUUUGUUUCUGCUAUUUCUCAAUCAAUUUGGAAGAUAGUGUUCUAUAUUCUUUCAGUGAUCAAUGUGAAGGUUAAUGUACAUUCUUAAAUGAACUUUUUAGCAAAAUGUGAAGGUUUAUCCAUAUCUCUUUGUUCCUUAAAAUAUACUAAGAAUGUUAGCAUAUUUUAAUUUUCCUAUGAAACAUCUUUUUGUAGCCAUCAUGUCAUUUUUACCUAGUAUUUUAGUUACAUUUUUUAACCACAUGAAACAAUUUUUUGCCCCUCCCUCCUUUUCAGGAUAAUCUAUUUUGACAGUAAGAAUCAUUUUAGAGAACACAAAUAGGAUGGAAAUGAUGCCAAGGGUAGAACCACAGCUGAUAAUAACAGCUUCUGUUUGUUGAAUACCUAACACAGACCAGAAGUUUUGCAUAUAUUAUCACUAAUUUGCACUAUAUUAAUAUCUUCAAUAUAGAGAUAGGAAACUGAGGCUUCAGGAGAUACAUAACAUACCCAUUCAUCCUGGUUGGUAAAGGACAGAGCUGGAGAGUGGACUUUGGUAGCUGGCUUUGGAGCCAUCUGUGUUGUAGGUUACCUAGUUUGUUCUGGCCAGUUCUUGAGAGUCCGUUCCUCGCUUUUGGACUAGAUAGUUUCUCCUCUUUUUGCUGCUGCUUUAUUUUAUUCAUGGGUCCAUAAAUGAUAGACAUCAUAACCAUAGUCACAUUCUCACAUUUAGAAACUGUGGCUUAUAGAAUGUGUAAAAAAUAACUUUUAUAAUAAGAUUUGCCAUUUUAAGUUCUUCCCAUUAUUGAAGAGUAGUAGAGCCUCCAUCAUCCAUAUGCAAUUAUAAAUGGCACCCCUUACAACACUUUCCUUCUGUUUUUCCAAAAUCUGUUGAAAUAUGCUGAUUUGUUAGAAUGAGAUAUUUGUUGUAAUAAAUGUACAAGUCGUUAGUGGCUGAGUUGUAAAUGGUUCCCUCAAGGGUUGUGUAGUGCCCAGUAGCCAGGUGAGGAGAAAAUGUAUAAAGGCAGUGUUAAUUACUUUCAUAAUUCUUGCUCUCAAACUAUUCCAUUUCAGGUUUUUUUCUGGGAUUGGCAGCGUAUGGCUAGUAAAGGGGAUAGGGGAGGAUAGGAGGUGGGUGGACAGAUCUAUAUUUUAUCCUUUUGCAAAUGGAGAUAGCAUAUCAAGCCUCAGUGUCCAUUGCACUCCUGCCGUAGGCCUCCCUUUGUCUUGCGCUUUGACUCCUGAGAGAAAAAUUGUUUUUGCCAACAAGGUCAUAGAAUGUAAGUGGAGAGGCAAGACAUAUAUACAUGGAACCGAACUGGAGAGAGUUUGCUAAAACGUAUUGCGUUGUGUGGGUUAAAAUAUGGAAAGCAUUAUAUAUAGAAAAGAUAAUUGUGGCGAGACGUAAUCAGGGCAAGUAAGAGAUGACCAGACGAAGAGGACAAGGAGCCUUGAAAUCCUGUUAUUUUCAUAUGUAUUAAGAGACAGAGGAGCUAUAUGUCCAGAGACCCUAAAGUUGUCCCAAGGUAGAACCCUUGGUAGACCAGCCUUCCCAUAAGGACAUAAAUGUCCAUCCUCCAUAGUGAAUUCCAGCUUUCCAAGAACCCUCCCCCAUAUAAUUGUGGGUAAAAGGGCACCUGCCAGCAGCCUCCUCAGCCCACCCUUCCUCAUGUUGUUCAUCUGUCCCUUAUGCUAAAGUUCCUUAGCAUUUGCUGUAAACAGUGUGUACUGCACUGUGGUGCCAUGUUUAUACGUUGUCUUGGGAUUUCUUCUUCCUCCUGUCUCCUGCUUCUUUUGGUCUCCUUAGUGCCUGGUCUUUGGGAGUAGAAGAUGUCCAGUAAAUACACAUACAUGAAUGCCCUUAGACUGAAGUCUGUGCUCAUGGUGCAAGGAAAGCUCUAUGGAAUCCCGAAUUAUAAACCACCCUCUGCCUUGAGGUCAGGAACAGAGCUGUCACUUUACAGUCUGAAUGUUCUGUGCCUCCUCUCGUCUCAGCUGGAGCUUCUGUGUAAAAGCAAGUGUUUUAGGAGUUUCCAUCCCAUGAUUCUGAUUGGGUGUGUGAUUUCUGAAGAGGUUGGAAUGGGAAAUGUGAAAAUUUAAUACUAAAGAUGGGCCUUUGAUUUAAACAGUUGCUAUGCAGACUGAGCAUUAAGUUUAACCAAUGAGGUAAAAAGAGGGGAGAGGUGGUGGUUGGGGCAAGUAAAAGCUGUUUCAUAGUCAGUGUUUGAAAACUCAAGAGAGAUGAUCCUGUUUGUGUCUGGAGGACUUGCCUUUCAAGUGAAGAAUCUCUACCUUAUCCCACAUCAGCAGUCACUAAGAAUAGAAUAAUGAUCACUAUAGGGUUUUUCUUACCCAGAUUUACUAGAAUCCGUAUCAGAACACACAGCUGAGAAAGACCCUUUGUUUAUUUGGGCAUGUGGCUAGUAAUAUCCCCUUGAAUUAAAUCCUUCUUUUUUUAUAGUUAUAAAGAGGAGACACAUUUUAUUUAUUUGUGCUUAUGGUAGAUUUAUUUUUUAACCCACCAUUACCCAUCUCUUUCUGUCCCUAUCAUAUCUGCACCUAAGAUAGAAUUAUAUUUAACAGUAAACUGUUAAUUUAGGUAGAGUAGGAUAACUACUACAAAAUAAUCAAAGGAUAUGUUUUAACCUUGGUCUUGAUGUAAGAAGCUAAAAUAGAUUUUUGGUUAUUGGUUUCUAUUUGCUUAUAGUUAAAUGAAGUAGAUUCAAGUCAGGAUUUUUUGUUUUACUCUGGAGAUUUUGUUCUCCUACUCUUUCUCCUUGAGUAGAUAGUCAGAUGUCUUUUGAAAAUGUGUUUUGGGUGUGGAAUAUUAACCCCAUCUUUGAUAACUCUUCCAGAACCUUCGGCUCGCGUGCUUCUGAGCUGCUGUGGAUGGCCUCGGCUCUCUGGACUGUCCUUCCGAGUAGGAUGUCACUGAGAUCCCUCAAAUGGAGCCUCCUGCUGCUGUCACUCCUGAGUUUCCUUGUGAUGUGGUACCUCAGCCUUCCCCACUACAAUGUGAUAGAACGCGUGAACUGGAUGUACUUCUAUGAGUAUGAGCCGAUUUACAGACAAGACUUUCACUUCACACUUCGAGAGCAUUCAAACUGCUCUCAUCAAAAUCCAUUUCUGGUCAUUCUGGUUACCUCCCACCCUUCAGAUGUGAAAGCCAGGCAGGCCAUUAGAGUCACUUGGGGUGAAAAAAAGUCUUGGUGGGGAUAUGAGGUUCUUACAUUUUUCUUAUUAGGCCAAGAGGCUGAAAAGGAAGACAAAAUGUUGGCAUUGUCCUUAGAGGAUGAACACCUUCUUUAUGGUGACAUAAUCCGACAAGAUUUUUUAGACACAUAUAAUAACCUGACCUUGAAAACCAUUAUGGCAUUCAGGUGGGUAACUGAGUUUUGCCCCAAUGCCAAGUACGUAAUGAAGACAGACACUGAUGUUUUCGUCAAUACUGGCAAUUUAGUGAAGUAUCUUUUAAACCUAAACCAUUCAGAGAAGUUUUUCACAGGUUAUCCUCUAAUUGAUAAUUAUUCCUAUAGAGGAUUUUACCAAAAAACCCAUAUUUCUUAUCAGGAGUAUCCUUUCAAGGUGUUCCCUCCAUACUGCAGUGGGUUGGGUUAUAUAAUGUCCAGAGAUUUGGUGCCAAGGAUCUAUGAAAUGAUGGGUCACGUAAAACCCAUCAAGUUUGAAGAUGUUUAUGUCGGGAUCUGUUUGAAUUUAUUAAAAGUUAACAUUCAUAUUCCAGAAGACACAAAUCUUUUCUUUCUAUAUAGAAUCCAUUUGGAUGUCUGUCAACUGAGACGUGUGAUUGCAGCCCAUGGCUUUUCUUCCAAGGAGAUCAUCACUUUUUGGCAGGUCAUGCUAAGGAACACCACAUGCCAUUAUUAACUUCACAUUCUACAAAAAGUCUAGAAGGACAGCAUACUUUGUGGAAAGUGUUAAAUAAAGUAGGUACUGUGGAAAAUUCAUGGGGAGGUCAGUGUGCUGGCUUGCACUGAACUGAAACUCAUGAAAAAACCCACAGACUGGAGACUGGAGGGUUACACUUGUGAUUUAUUAGUCAGGCCCUUCAAAGAUGAUAUUUGGGGGAAUUAAGUAUAAAGGAAUUGGAGGUUUUUGCUAAAGAAAUUAAUAGGACCAAACAAUUUGGACAUGUCAUUCUGUAGACUAGAAUUUCUUAAAAGGGUGUUACUGAAUUAUAAGCUCACUAGGCUGUAAAAACAAAACAAUGUAGAGUUUUAUUUAUUGAACAAUGUAGUCACUCGAAGGUUUUGUGUAUAUCUUAUGUGGAUUACCAGUUUAAAAAUAUAUGUAGUUCUGUGUCAAAAAACUUCUUCACCGAAGUUAUACUGAACAAAAUUUUACCUGUUUUUGGUCAUUUAUAAAGUACUUCAAGAUGUUGCAGUAUUUCACAGUUAUUAUUAUUUAAUAUUCAAACUUUCUGUGUUUUUAAAUGUUUUGACGAUUUCAAUACAAUAUAAAAAGGAUAGUGAAUCAUUCUUUACAUUCAAACAUUUUCCAGUUACUUAACUGAUCAGUUUAUCAUUGAUACAUCACUCCAUUAAUGUAAAGUCAUAGGUCAUUAUUGCGUAUCAGUAAUCUCUUGGACUUUGUUAAAUAUUUUACUGUGGUAAUAUAGAGAAGAAUUAAAGCAAGAAAAUCUGAAGUAUUGUCUUGUUUUUAAAAAAUACAGUCCCUAGUGUUUUUAGAAGUCACUUAAUCUGCCUCAUUUUUCCACCUGAAAAUUAGGAAUAAUGUAGAAUGCCAGGCAGUAAUUUCCUUUUGGAAAGGACUCUGAAGGCAGAAAAGAAGGGAGAGAACUCCAUGGGCAGAAUAUUAUAAAAAGAGUGUCAUAUUCCAGCAUUUGAAUUGGAAAGAGAAGAUUGAAGAUCCAAGUUGCAUUAUUAAUCUGCCCUAUGUUUUUUUCUUUUAACAAUCAGUUUGAGCUGCUGCUGUUAUGAGUUUCUCAUCAAGAUGAAAGCCCUAAUGUGUAAAGUCAAAUCUGAUUUAAAUUUUGUGCUUUUAUAGAAAGAAAUUUCUUCAUAGACAUGGUGAUAUAUCAUUUGUUGGACCUGCUUAAUAGUAGGUCAAAGAGGAACACUCCUUGCCCCCCCCAUUCCUGGGUUUAUGCAGUUUUCUUUUUAGAGUUUAUGUAGGGCAAGUGGUUCUUUUUCUCUGAAUUACAGGAUGGAAAAAGGUCAUAUCCUUUGUCAGGAAAUAUAAACUUGAAAGUAUGUAGUCAGCUCUUGUAAUAAUCAUAUUUAUGAUUGUCCUAUAUGAAAAACAACUUCAGUUAAAACUAUAAUGUGUGGUUCUCUAUAACAAGGUGAUGUCUGUUUCCCAGGGCUCAGACCUAAUCCAGUUAUAAUAAAAUCAUUUAAAUGAAAUAUUCUAUGGAAUCGAUCUAUGCCCUUGUUAAUCUCCAUCCAUAUAGGAGUCACUUUCUUUAAGACAGAUGGUGGUAGUUAUUUUUGUGGCAUGGUUAGAUUUGACUGGUUUUGCAGAAGAUUACAGUCAUGUACUGCAUAAUGACAUAUACAAUAGUGGUCUCAUAAAAUUAUAAUGGAGCAGAAAAUCUAUUGCCUCAUGAUGUUAUAGCCGUUUUAAUGUCAUAGCCUCGUGCAUUACCCACGUGUCUGUGAUGAUGCUGGUGUAAACAAACCUACUACACUGCCAGUUGUAUAAAAGUACAGCACAUUCAGUUAUGUACAGUACGUAAUACUGAUAAUGACAAUAAAUGACACCGGUUUGUGUAUUUACUUUUUAU